UCCGGCUGUAAAUAGUGGAGUCAACAUCAACCAUUCCGUCGCGACAGAACUAUAAGACUACCCUUCACACAUACUCACACCACUAAUCAACUUUCUUCAAUACCCCUCUCUCUUCACUUACAUCCUCUUCCUCUCAACCAAAACUACCACCACCACCACCACCACCACCACCACGAUGCCCCUCCCCAACAACCGCGCCCUCCCCAUCCUCGACCACGCCUACCAGCACCACUACGGCGUGCCCGCCAUGUGCUGCUACAACAUCGAAGGCAUCCUCGCAACCGUCCGCGCCGCCGAAAAGCACCGCUCCCCAGCCAUGAUCCUCCUCUUCCCCUGGGCACUCCAAUACGCCGGGUCCAUCCUCGUGCACGCCGCCGCCGAAGCCGCCCGCAACGCCAGCGUCCCCAUAACGGUGCACCUCGACCACGCGCAAACACCCGAAAUCGUCCGCCAAGCCGCAGACAUCACCCCCGGAUUCGACAGCAUCAUGAUCGACAUGUCCCACUACGAGAAAGCCGAGAACCUCUCGUUAACGCGCGAGCUCGUCGCCUACUGCCACGAGCGGGGCAUCGCGACAGAAGCCGAGCCCGGGCGUAUCGAGGGCGGGGAAGACGGCGUCUCGGACACUGCGGACCUGGAGGGGGUGUUGACGACCCCCGAAGAGGCGGAGGAGUUCGUCAACACGGGGAUUGAUUGGCUGGCUCCGGCUUUUGGGAAUGUGCAUGGGAGUUAUGGGCCCAGGGGGAUUCGGUUGGAGUAUGACCGGUUGGAGAGCAUUAGGGAGAGGGUGGGGGAUAGGGUGAGGUUGGUGUUGCAUGGGGCGGAUCCGUUUGAUAAGGGGAUUUUUGAUAGAUGUGUUGCGGCUGGGGUUAGUAAGGUGAAUAUUAAUAAGGUGUUGAAUGGGGAGUGGGUGGGCGUUAUGGAGAGGAGGGCUGGGGAGAAGGGAGUCGGGGUGAUGGGGUUGGUGGAGGAGGCGACGGCUAGGAUGGAGGAGGCGGUUGGGAGGUGUAUUGAGGUUUUGGGGUCGGGGGGGAGGUAUUAAUUGUUUUUUUUUCUCUUUUUUUUUCCUCCCUCUUUUGGUAGUUGGUUUUGGAUUAUGGGGUGUGGUUUGGUUUUUAUACUACUACUAUACUAGUAUCUCGUGGUUGUUGCUCUAUCUUCGUAUAUAUAGAUUGAGUGGGAUUAUCUUGAAUGAUUGUUGGUGGUAGGAAUUGAAGUACUGCUAGUAUCAAUUGCUAGAUGAUUUUGUCUUUUACUAUGAAGUAUAUAUAAAGAAAUGAGAGAACAUGACUAGUACUGUGCAGUAUACUAGUAAUCAUGAUGAUGUUGGGUAC